AUGGCCCAGAAGCGACCUUGGAGAGACCCGGCUGCCAAUUACAUCAGCACUCGGCCUGGGGAACAUAAUUUCUCAUCCGAAAGCAGUUUUAACCAGGCUAUAAAAUGGUUAGAUGACUGCAUCAAAAGCCAUACAGGUUGCCACCCCAACCCAAAAAUAACUCCCAUGAUGCCCUCACGUCUUAUUGACGUCAGUAUCACUGAAGCAGGAGGAAGAGUCAGGAUUGUGGAUACAGAGGGUGUACAGACCAGAUAUGCUGCUCUAAAAUAUUGUCGGGGACAGAUAACAGAAGACCAGAAACUUCAGCUGUCAAAUCAUACAGCGUGGACCUCUCAAGGUGUUUUUCUCGAUCAGCUAUCACGGACUAUCCAUGAUGCAGUCACUGUCGCCCGAGGGUUGAAGCUCUCAUACCUUUGGGUAGAUACACUAUGUAUCAUCCAAGAUUACGACAAGGACAAGGAGAAAGAGCUGAAGCACAUGCAUUCAGUAUACGAGAAUAGCUUUGUAAUAAUUUCUGUUAUCGCCAGAGAUGGUUCAGAGGGAUUUCUCGACAUGCAACACGGACCAAUAACCACAAUACCGUAUCCUCUUCCAAACGGCCAAAUAGGAAUUCGGGAACUCGAGAUUGUCCUAUUCUUCAAUCCGGACUUGUCCAAGAUCGAGCUGCGUGCUGGGAUGCUCUAA